CCGCCAAGACUCGUCACAAUACCACCUAGACCCAGCACUGCAGAACCAAAGGCUGACAAUACACCAACACCACCUCGAGCCGAUAUUCUUAAAGAGGACUCUUGGCACGAGACAUUUCCUCUCCAGUCCAUCUUCUCCCGUCCAUCAGGUCGAGGCUCUCCCUUGUCUCAAAUGACUGAGACACCACCGCCGUCUUCACCAUAUUUGCGCGAUUUCCAAGGACACUCGCGCAAAGGAAGUAAUACGUCCGUGUCAAGCACAGCAAGCGUAGCACUUGAACGAUGCAUAGCGCGUCUUCAAGCAGGAUUUGAUGCUCGACGCAUGACACCCAUUUCGCCGCUCAGUACGGCUUUCCCCGCCCCACUUCGCAUCCGAAAAUCACCUUCACUGCCGCCAGGCUCGUGGAUGCGACGGCCAUCCACAUCAUCGCAGGUUGGGCUGAAGGAAUUAGAAACCGACAAGAAAUUACCCCCAACCCCCUUCCCUUUCGGAUCUCACGAA